GCUGUGAUCCUACGAGAAAUACUUAAAGGCUUGGAAUAUCUGCAUUCAGAACGAAAGAUUCAUCGUGAUAUAAAAGCAGCGAAUGUGCUUCUCAGUGAACAUGACGCAGCAAUUAAAAUAGCCGAUUUUGGCGUAUCCGCGCAGACAACAACAACGAACAAUAAAGCGGAGACAUUUGUUGGGACACCGUUCUGGAUGGCGCCCGAAGUGAUUGAGAGAGACCACUACGACGAAAAGGUCACUCAUUCUUCCUCUUCUUCGCAAGCAGCGCCUAAGUGUUAG